AUGGGAGACUCAGAAAGCGCCCAGCAACCUUCAAAAAAGAGAGGUGCGCUGAAGCAGCUUUCUCGUGAGAACCCGGAUGAUGAUGAUGAUGAUGUUUCUGCUGCAUUUGAGAGUGGGACUUUCAAGAAGGCCAGUGAUGAGGUUUUGGCUAGUAGGAGAAUCGUCAAAGUCAAGCGCAAAGAGCCUUCUGCUGCACCUCCCGCUGCACCAACAACCAAUCCCUUUGCUGGAAUUCAGUUUCUCCCUGCUACACCUGCUUCAGCCGUUUUUGGAACGAAUCCACCUCUGCCUGAGUCUAAGAUGGCUCCAGCAGAAGCGGUAGUUGAAGACAAUCAAAAGGGAGUUGAUACCGAAGAGGACGGUGAUGAAGUUGAGAGUAAGAAGGUUGAUGACUCUCCUGGGGUAGAGACUAAAGAUGAGAAAGAGCAUGGAAAGACAUCUGAUGACCAAACUAGUCAUGAUGAUGUAGACAAGACGGUCAAAGAAGCAGACAAAACUGAGGAUCUUACUGAGAAGGAAUCAGGUGGUGAUCAGACUGAGGGAAAAGAAAAAGAAGGUGAUGGAAGCGUUGAAGUUGCAGACAAGAACGGUGAUAACAAUGGCUCUUUGAGUUCGUUCCAACAGCAUUCAAGUAGCAAAAACGCAUUCACCGGACUCGCCACUACAGAGUCUUCUGCUCCUCCGUUCUCGUUUGGUGUGGCUUCUCAGGAUGGUUCAACUGGAUCUGUAUUCGGCUUAGGCCUCUCAAGCAGCAGUAACCCUUCUCUUUUUGGAUCUUCCAUUGUCAAGAAGAGUGAAGGUAGUGGGUUUCCUCCGAAGCAAGAGGUUUUAGUAGAAACAGGAGAAGAGAACGACAAAGUUGCCUUCUCAGCUGAUUCGAUUAUGUUUGAGUAUCUUGAUGGAGGAUGGAGAGAGCGUGGUAAAGGAGAACUCAAGGUGAACGUAUCAAGUAAUGGUGGUAAAGCAAGGCUAGUCAUGAGAGCUAAAGGGAACUACAGGUUGAUCUUAAACGCGAGUCUCUACCCUGAAAUGAAACUUGCGAGCAUGGACAAGAAAGGAAUCACAUUCGCAUGUGUGAAUAGUGUAAGUGAAGGCAAAGAUGGUCUCUCUACAUUUGCUCUGAAGUUCAAAGACCCAACGAUCGUGGAAGAGUUUCGUGUAGCUGUCGAGAAACAUAAAGGCAGUAAACCAAUUGAAACAUCAGCUCCUCCGUUGAAGACACCUGAGAAUUCUCCUACAGCUACAGAUGCUUGAAGAGUGGUCAUGUUGAAACAUUUCUCUUUGCCUUUGUGUCUUGUUGUGUUACUCUUGAGUAGGUGAAUUUUGGGGCAGAGAUUUGAAGAAGUUUGUUGUUGUGUUUCGUUGUCACAGUUGUUGAGACUUUAUUACAUUGAGACUAUAUAUCUGCUUCUUGGCCUCUUUAUAUGAACCAUUUGGUAUGCUUCAUUACAUCUGCUUGGGGUUUCAUUACUGGGUUAUUCCGACUGUUCAAGCUUUAGAAUAUUUCUGGAAUUUUGAUCUGUGGUCUUGUAAUGCUCGUUCGUAAGAGAUAAAGUUAAACAGACCAGCCAACAAACUCUUUGUAUUAGUAUGUGUCUUAAGCAUUGAUAUGUGACUUACUAUUAGUUUGUCUAGGCCUCAAGCUACUGACAUUUGACAUGUAAAU